ACCAGCGCAAAAUGGAGAAGAAACUUAAUCAGUGCGAUUUCUGCGACAAGUCGUUCUCUAAAAGUACCAAUUUGACAACGCAUCGACGCACGCACACUGGUGAAAAACCGUACGCGUGCGAUGUAUGUGAAAAGUCGUUCUCCGAAAGUAGCCAAUUGACGAAACACAAGCGGACUCACACUGGAGAAAAACCGUACGCGUGUGAUGUAUGCGAAAAGUCGUUCUCUACAAGUAGCAAUUUGACGAUACAUCGACGCAUGCACACUGGAGAAAAACCGUUCCCUUGUGAUGUAUGCGAAAAGUCGUUCUCUCAAAGUGGCAAUUUGACAGCACAUCGACACACACACACUGGAGAAAAACCGUACGCGUGCGAUGUUUGCGAUAAGUCGUUCCCUACAAGUAGCAAUUUUACAACACAUCGACGCACACACACUGGAGAAAAACCGUACGCUUGUGAUGUAUGCGAAAAGUCGUUUUCUGAAAUUGGUAGUUUGACGAAACACAAGCGGACUCACACCGGAGAAAAACCGUACAAGUGUGAUGUAUGCGAAAAGUCGUUCUCUACAAGUAGCAAUUUGACAACACAUCGACGCACACACACUGGAGAAAAGCCGUACGCUUGCGAUGUAUGCGAGAAGUCAUUCUCCGCAAGUACUGAUUUGACGAUACAUCGACGCAUGCACACUGGAGAAAAACCGUUCCCUUGUGAUGUAUGCGAAAAGUCGUUCUCUCAAAGUGGCAAUUUGAUAGCACAUCGACGCACACACACUGGAGAAAAACCGUACGCGUGUGAUGUAUGUGAAAAGUCGUUCUCCGAAAGUAGCCAUUUGACGAGACACAAGCGGACUCACACUGGAGAAAAGCCGUACGCUUGCGAUGUAUGCGAGAAGUCGUUCUCCACAAGUACCGAUUUGACGAUACAUCGACGCAUGCACACUGGAGAAAAACCGUUCCCUUGUGAUGUAUGUGAUAAGUCGUUCUCUAAAAGUGGCAAUUUGAUAGCACAUCGACGCAUGCACACUGGAGAAAAACCGUACGCGUGUGAUGUAUGCGAAAAGUCGUUCACUGAAAGUGGCAGUUUGACGAAACAUCGACGCACGCACACUGGAGAAAAGCCGUACGCUUGCGAUGUAUGCGAAAAGUCGUUCUCCAGAAGUACCGAUUUGACGAUACAUCGACGCAUGCACACUGGAGAAAAACCGUACGCGUGUGAUGUAUGCGAAAAGUCGUUCUCUGAAAGUGGCAGUUUGACGAAACAUCGACGCACGCACACUGGAGAAAAGCCGUACGCUUGCGAUGUAUGCGAUAAGUCGUUCUCCAGAUGGCCGUAA